AUGAAGAGGAAUCAGAGUCAUACACCAUCUCCGAUAUUCGUAUUCUGGAGGAGGUCCAGUGAGAGACUCACGAUAUCAUUGCGUCUUUGCAUCCAAUGGUAUCAGAGCUUUAUGGUGGAUUUUCAAUCUUCAUCAAUAGUCGUGUGUCACAUCUCCAAUAUAAAAAGGUGGCUCUUACGAAGGUUCACAUUGAGCUUUAAACUGAUCAUUCGGAGUUCCAAACUUCCGUCUCCUCCAAAAUUGAGAAACUUUAGGAAGAUUUGGCUCUUAAAAAUUAGAAGCCUAUCUGAGAACUCAAAUCUGAGAAGGCUCCUCACAGUCUUUGUUCGUCAGCAUCUGGAAGAGAAUUUGAAGCCUAUCUUCUCCAUACUUGACAAAAUUCAACGUGUUUCGGAAUCUUCUAUUCCAAAACAAGCGGAGAACCGGAAAAGACUUCAGGGUAAUGAAGCUUCGGCAUCAAAAGGGAAAUACAAGAAUGUUGAUUAUGAUGAUGAGGAAGAAGAAGAAGACGAAACUGAUAAAUUAAAACGUAAAGCUCGCGAUGCUGAACUGCAUGAAAACUUGCGAGUAGCUAAAGAGGCUGAGAAAAAAGAGAAGGCAACACUUGAAGUCGAGGAUAAAUUGAAAACUCAGAAGACUCUUUUUCCUUUAUGGACAUUUGAGCGAAUUCUGAAUGAAGCCAUCAAAAACCCGAAUUGUUAUUGGCUAGAUCCUGUUACGUCAUUUGAAUUGGAGAACUCUCUAGAUUCGCAGCUUGAUCUACCAAUUACUCUAAAGGCCAUUCAGUUUUGCAGUUUGGAUAAGAUUGUGAAUGCUCCUAUUCCUGAUUAUGAUGAUGAUCAGUUUCAAAUUUUCUCGAGGGCAUGCGAGUUCAAGAUUGGAAUUUACUAUCGUAGAUCUGCCCUACCUCAAACCACUCGAUCGGAUUUCUCUAUUACUUAUACAGCUGAAGGAUCAACAACAAUUCGAGCCUAUCAUUGCACUUUUAAAAUGAAUGUUGGUUUAUUACAUCAAUGUGGUUAG